AGAUGUAACACAUGGUUCUCCAAAUACUUGCAUACUUUUUAUGGAAGGGAAUUCUGAAUUCAUCGCCUAGAGAGACGCAAAAAUGGUUUCAACCAGUUGUAAAAUAAAAGGCCAUGACCACAAAGAACAUUGACGCCAACCAUGUGUACACAGUAAGCGAUACAUAGUUACAUGAUUUCAGAUAAAUUUAUCAACAUAAUAUGGCCAAUUGUAUUCUUCAAAUACUACAAGCAUAAACAUAUUAUAUCUAUUACACUAAUAACAAAGGAUCCAAAGGUAGAACUGGCAUUAGUUGAAGAUAUCUAUAAAUUCAGUUAUCUCUCUUAUCCUCCAUCCAUCAUCAACCAAAAUACAAAGUACCUUGAAUUGUAUACAAAUCAAUAAUGAAGAACAUAUAUCUGGCAUUUGUGCUUCUCAUUGCCUUGAGCUCACAACCACUACUUGGUGCAGCUGAUGCAUCACCUGAGCAAGUAGUAGACACAUCAGGCAAGAAACUCCGAGCUGGUGUGGGUUACUACAUUGUUCCAGCUGUGCCCUUCACAAGAUGUGGAAGGUACGGAAGAUGCAUUAGUGGUGGAGGCCUUUCACUUGCCAGCAUUGGUGAAUCAUGCCCUCUUGAUGUUGUUCUUGUGCCAGGAUCUCAUGGCUUGCCACUCACAUUUUCACCCGUUGACCCUAAGAAAGGUGUUGUUCGUGUCUCCACUGAUUUGAACAUCAUGUUCUCCACUGAUCGUACCAGUUGUCCUGAGUAUUCUACAGUGUGGAAAUUGGAUCACUUCGAUGUCUCUAAAAGACAGUGGUUUGUGACCACUGGUGGCUCUUUGGGCAAGCCAGGUUGGCAAACCAUACGCAACUGGUUCAAGAUCGAGAAGUUUGAUGGUGCUUAUAAGAUUGUUUACUGUCCCAGUGUGUUUCCAUCUUCCAAUCAUAUGUGCAAGGAUGUUGGUGUCUUUGUGGAUCAGAAUGGGUAUAGGCGUUUGGCUCUAAGUGAUGUUCCAUUCAAAGUCAAGUUUCAGCUGGCAUAAUCAAAUUAACCUCAAUCUCUUUCUAAUAAUAAUGAAUAAAUCACAUCUAGAAAGUGUGUUUUCUUUAUAGCAAUGAUGUUUAUUCAGUGUUUAAUAAAUUUAAUUACAUGCAUGUUAUGUUAAAAUAAGAGAAUAAAAUGAAGAAAUAAUUUC